AUGUCGACCGAUUUCAAUGCUGUAGCAACCGAAUUUUGCAAUUUUUACUACAACCAAUUCGACAGUGAUAGAACUCAAUUGGGAAACUUAUACAGACCAGAGUCAAUGUUAACCUUUGAGACUUCCCAAUUGCAAGGUGCUAGAGAUAUUGUUGAAAAAUUGUCCUCAUUACCUUUCCAAAAAGUUGCACACAGAGUUUCAACUUUGGAUGCUCAACCUGCAUCUCCUAAUGGCGAUAUUUUGGUUAUGGUUACCGGUGAAUUAUUGAUUGAUGAAGAACAAAAUGCUCAACGUUAUUCACAAGUGUUUCAUUUGAUUCCAGAUGGAGGCUCUUACUACGUCUUUAAUGAUAUUUUCAGAUUGAACUACUCUUGA